AUGAAAUCUCUUCUUACCCUCGCUCUUUGGUUCAGCAGCGUUCAUGCUGUUGCCAUCUCCCAACCGCAGAAGGCAGCUCAAGCUAAAGCUUACGAGGGAACUUUGCAAUUCUUGAGCCUCAGAGCAUCAGCUCCCAUCGGCAGUGCCAUCAACCGUGACAACUGGAAAGUUACUUGUGACAGCCAGCAACCGGGCAACGAGUGUUCCAAGGCCAUCGAUGGCGAUCGCGAUACAUUCUGGCACACCACCUGGGGCUCCAGCGACCCAAAGCCUCCUCAUACCUACACCAUCGACAUGAAGUCCACCCAGAAUGUCAACGGUAUUUCGAUGUUGCCUCGUCAAGAUGGAAGUCCCAACGGCUGGUUCGGUCGUCAUAACGUGUUUCUCAGCACAGAUGGGAAGAAUUGGGGUAGCGCUGUUGCAACUGGCACUUGGUAUGCGGAUAAUACCGAGAAAUACUCCAAUUUCGAGACUCGACCUGCUCGCUACGUACGUCUUGUAGCCGUCGCUGAAGCAAACAACCAGCCUUGGACCAGUAUCGCCGAGAUCAACGUCUUCAAGGCUGAUUCUUAUACCAAGCCUCAGACUGGUAUCGGCAGUUGGGGACCGACACUCGAUUUCCCGAUUGUUCCUGUAGCUGCUGCAAUUGAGCCAACAUCUGGAAAGGUCCUUGUUUGGUCUUCCUACCGCAACGAUGCCUUCGGAGGGUCUCCCGGUGGCGUUACUUUGACCUCGACAUGGGAUCCAUCUACAAAUGUUAUCUCUCAGCGUACUGUGACAGUCACCAAGCACGAUAUGUUUUGCCCUGGUAUCUCAUUGGAUGGGACUGGGCAAAUCGUAGUCACUGGUGGCAAUGAUGCUCAGAAGACCAGCCUCUAUGAUUCCUCUAGCGAUGAUUGGAUCCCAGGUCCUGAUAUGCAGGUUGCUCGUGGCUAUCAGUCAUCAGCUACUUUGUCGAAUGGUCGCGUCUUCACAAUUGGUGGCUCUUGGAGCGGAGGUGAAUUUGAGAAGAAUGGCGAAGUCUAUGACCCAUCUUCCAAAACAUGGACAUCGUUGCCUGGAGCCCUUGUCAAGCCAAUGCUGACGGCCGACAAGCAAGGCAUCUACCGUGCUGAUAACCAUGGAUGGCUAUUCGGGUGGAAGAAGGGAUCGGUAUUCCAAGCCGGACCAAGCACUGCCAUGAAUUGGUAUUUUACCAGUGGGAAAGGUGAUGUUAAGUCAGCUGGUAACCGUCAAUCUGAUCGUGGGACUGCUCCAGAUGCUAUGUGCGGAAAUUCGGUCAUGUAUGACGCAGUCAAAGGCAAGAUUCUCACUUUUGGGGGCUCGCCAGACUAUCAAGAUGCGGACGCCACUACCAAUGCUCAUAUCAUCACGAUCGAUGAGCCUGGAAAGACUCCCAAGACUGUCUUUGCUAGUAACGGCUUGUAUUAUGCUCGCACGUUCCAUACAUCAGUUGUCCUUCCUGAUGGAUCCGUUUUUAUCACUGGUGGUCAGCAGCAUGGUGUUCCGUUUGCCGACACAACCCCCCAGCUUACACCAGAGCUCUACGUACCCGAUGCGGACACCUUUUACAAGCAGCAACCAAACUCUAUCGUUCGAGUUUAUCACAGCAUUUCUCUACUGCUGCCUGAUGGUAGGGUAUUCAAUGGUGGGGGCGGUCUUUGCGGCGAUUGUACUACCAACCACUUUGAUGCCCAGAUCUUUACGCCAAACUAUCUUUACAAUAAGGACGGCACCCUUGCGACACGUCCCAAGAUCACCAAAGUAUCUACUAAGAGCGUCAAAGUUGGCGGAAAGGUUACGAUUUCAACAAAUGGUACUGUCAAGCAGGCGUCGCUAGUACGAUACAGCACAGCAACCCAUACCGUUAAUACCGACCAGCGUCGCGUCCCCCUAUCGUUGACCAACACUGGAGGAAACAACUACUCAUUCCAACUUCCGAACGACUCUGGAAUUGUUUUGCCUGGUUAUUGGAUGUUAUUUGUGAUGGACUCGGCAGGUGUCCCAAGUGUUGCAAGCACUCUCUUUGUUACUCAAUAA